CAAAAAAAAUGCAGUACCCCAAACCGCAACAGAAAGGAACUGUAAAAAAAAAAACUGCAACACAUUGAUCACAGAAAAGAGACAGAAACUCAAAAAUGGAAGACGACGCACAGCAGCAGCAAGAGCAAGAACAAGCGCAAAGACAAGGAGGAAAGGCAAUGGUAAUGUUGAUAAGCGGAACAUUAGUAUACUACCACUGUUCCUUCCGCAACUCCAGUUUUCUCUCUCUUCUCUCCGACGUCUUCCUCGUCAUCCUCUGCUCUCUUGCCAUCCUCGGUCUCCUCUUCCGUCACUUUAACAUUUCGGCACCUGUGGAUCCAUUAGAAUGGCAGAUUUCACAAGAUACUGCUAACAACAUUUUCGCCUGUUUGGCUAAUACUGUUGGAGCUGCUGAGUCUGUUCUUCGAGUUGCGGCUACCGGUCACGAUAAGAGGCUCUUUGUUAGGGUUGUUAUCUGCCUCUAUUUGCUGUCUGUUCUUGGAAGGAUCGUCUCUGGGGUGACAGUUGCUUAUGCUGGUUUGUGCUUAAUUUGUCUCUACAUGUUUGUGGAGAGCUCACUGCCACUCAGUAGUCGACUAUCUCAGUAUUUAGCAAGAAGAGAGAAUGCAGUAGAAGCACAAGAUUAAUGUACACAGCAGUCAUCGUGCCCUCUGCCAUACUUGUACAUGAAAAUCAAAUUAGUUGUAGCGUCUACUCGUGUUUUGUAGCUAUCAUUUAAUUUUAGAUGUAUGUGUUUCAAUUUGAUAUACGAUAGUCAUUGGUAAAUUGAACAGAUUUAUGAGAAAACAAAUCAACGAGUGUUGUUACAUGGUCUCAAGAAGCUUGCGCUGAAUUGUAAUUUUUGGAGGAGUUUGUGGA